AUGUAUUCCAAAGCUACCGUGUUCCUUGCUUUUCUAGUCAUGGCGAUCGCUGAGAGACCCAGAGUCGGUCUUCAGAUGCCACCUAUUUUGCCGCCUAUUGCUGAUCUGAUAUCGCCACGAGUGGUUGGAGGUGAAGAAGCAGGUGCAGGAAGUUAUCCGUUCAUAGUUUCCCUUCAAAUGUCCUCCCGACACAUUUGCGCUGGAUCCAUCUUGAAUGAAGAAUGGGUUAUAACAGCAGGGCAUUGUAUAGAGGCCGUUCCUUUUUUAUUUCUUCUUCGCGUCAAGGCUGGAAAGUACAAUCUUCAACUUAUAGAAGACACCGAACAGACAGUCAAAGUGGCGCAUACUUACGUACACGAAAAUUAUAAAAAUGAUGUUGGCCCAUAUGACAUUGGUUUGCUUAAGCUUGCAUCUCCAUUGAAGUUGACAAAUAUGGUACAACCCAUCCAAUUAGCACCUCCAGAAAGUGAACCAACUGGAGAAGCAUGGCUUAGUGGAUGGGGCUCUAUCUCGACUACCACAGAUCGAAUAUUGCCAAAUAAACUUCAGCAUGUUAAGAUGGAGUACAUCGAUCGUACUACUUGCUCCGAAUCUGUCAAACGUUUGACGGGAACUUCUCCCGUUCAUGAAACCAAUAUCUGUACUGGGCCACUGUACGAUAAAAUUUCUGCAUGCAAUGGUGAUUCCGGUGGUCCAUUAAUCUCAUAUAACGGAAAAAAGCCGAUACUUACUGGAAUUGUAUCUUGGGGUAUUAUUCCAUGUGGUACUGCAGGAGCGCCAUCCGUAUACACCAAGGUAUCCAGUUUCAAUAAUUGGAUUGCACAGAAAAUUAAUCCAAAUUUCUCUCAGUUAUAUUUGAGCAAUAUUGACGAUAAGCAACUUUCUACUAUAAGGUAUUGUUAUUGGGAUGUAAUAUACUAUACUACUAAUAGCAUUAUUUCGUAUAAAUACAAAUCAUCUGUGCUAUGCCAUAAUAAUGUCUUGUCAGCAUACAAAUGCACCAGACGAAACAAGUAUAAAAUGCAGUCUAUUCGGGAAAUUGUCAAACAGCAAAAAAUGUAUUCCAAGGCUAUCGUGUUCUUCGCUUUCCUAGCUAUGGCGGUUGCUAACGUGCAGCCUCAAGUCGACCUCCAGAUGCCUAUCAGUCCACGUUUUACUCCGUUUGAGACUUAUGUGACUGGAGGUUCCGAAGCACCGGUAGGACGUUAUCCAUACAUAGUUUCUCUUCAAAGUCGCGGAGAACACUUUUGCGGAGGAUCCAUCUACAACGAACGAACAAUUAUAACAGCGCAUUGUGUUAAAAAAAGAAAUGCAGAUCGUCUUACUGUCAAAGCUGGAAAGUUCAUUAUUAACACUAAGCCUACUGAACAAACAGUUAGUGUGCAAAAAAUACACAUACAUGAAAAAUAUAGAGGUGGCGUUGCCGUCCCAUAUGACAUUGCUGUACUUAAGCUUAAAUCUCCAUUGAAAUUGAACGAUAACGUACGAGCUAUCAUAUUACCACAAGCAAACAGUGAACCAACUGGCGUGGCUUGGCUUAGUGGAUGGGGCUCUAUCUCGACUACUAAUGUUCCAAAAAUGCCAACUAAACUUCAACAUGUUCAGAUGGCGUACGUCGAUCGCAAAACUUGCGAUAAGGCCCUCAGUAAACUGAUGGGAACUCCUCGUUCUCGUGUUCAUGAAACCAAUAUUUGCACUGGGCCAUUGAACAAACAAAUUUCUGCAUGCGACGGUGAUUCCGGUAGUCCACUUAUCUCCUAUGUAGGAGGAAAAGCGGUGCUUAAUGGAAUUAUAUCCUGGACUUAUGUGCCGUGUGGUACUCGAGGCGCGCCAACCGUAUACGUUAAAGUAUCUAGUUUUAAUAAUUGGAUUACGCAAAAAGCUCGAAAUUGA